UAUACACUAUAGCGCGCCCUGGACACCUUACUUCAAACAGUGCGUAUAGGUGAAUCUUGCCAUCUUCCUCCACAGUAUUGAGUCAGAGCUCUGACGCUGCUAGACUGCACAAGGUUUACCUCCAACAUUACAAGCUCGAUAGCUGGGUCGCUGAACACACUAGACUUGUGGGCACGGCAGGGGUGCAGAGCCGGGGCUGGCCACACGCCGGCGCUGCGGUGGAGCCCUGCGCGGCGCAGUAGCCAGUGAGCAGAUAGCACAAUGGAAAUCCAUGGCUCCAACACCACCUUCAACCUCGAGAACGUGCUGCGUCAAAACAUCCUGAGCUCGGACUACUACAAGGGGACCUGCUCGGAACUGAGCAACUGUUCAGACAUUGUGGACGAAAUCUACGAGUCUGUCGAUCAUGUGGAACCUUGGAUGAGCGGCAACGCGCGCGGGCCUUCCACGGCCUUCUGCCUUCUGCACCGCCUCUUCACGCUCAAGCUCUCAGCAAAGGAGGUGAAAGGCAUGCUGGACCACAAGGACUCUCCCUACAUCCGCGCAGUGGGCUUCCUGUACCUGCGCUACGUGGGGGACCCGAAGACGCUGUGGAGCUGGGUGGCGCCGUACGUGAAGGAUCAGGAGAAAUUUUCGCCGAGCGGGCCGAACGAGAAGGAGGUGGCCAUGGGCGACUACGUACGUGACCUGCUGCUCUCCCAGUACUACUUCGAGACCAUCUUCCCGCGCAUCCCGAAGCCCGUGCAAGACCAAAUCAACGACGAGCUGACGAAGCGCAGCCUGGCCACGACGGCCAAGGGCAAUGGCGGCGCCGGCGGCGCUGACCGCCGCGGCAUGGACGACUCCGGCAACCGUCGACCCGCCUCGGUGAAGGCGUCGCUGUCGGUCGCGUUCGGCCAGCGCGCGCCCAACCGCUCCGGUGCUCGCGAGGAGGGUCGCGGCCGGGACCCAUCGCUUGCGCAGCGCGACGGCACUGCAGCGGCUCGCGGCGGCCGCGGCUCCGCCUCGCCGGAGCCGCCACGCGACCGGCGGGAGGCGCCGGCACCGCGGCGGGAUUUCGACCGGGAGCGGGACGUGCGCGGAGGCGGUGGUGGCGGCGCUGACCGCCGUGACAACCGGGACUACGGCCGCGACCGGGACCGUGGUCGCGACUACGACAAGAGCCGGGAUUAUGACAAGAGCCGGGAUUACGCCAAGGGCAGGGACUAUGACCGGGGGCGGGACUACGGGCGCGGCGGUGGCGCUGGUGGUGGCGGCCGCGGCUACGAUGACCGCCGGGACGAACGGCGGCGCAGCCGGAGCCGGAGCCGCAGCCGGGACCGCAACGGCGGCGGUGCUCGGGACGCGCGCGAUGUAUUCAAGGACGCCCGGCGGUAGCGGGCUUCGCGAUGAUAGCGCCAUGUCAACCAUGAAAGGGUUCAAGAAGAUGGUGAAUGAGUUGGUGUUUCUAGGGCCUGUCCAGGUUUGUGCAAGGACAUCGGUGUUGAGAGCUUGAGUAGUAAUUAGUAGUGCAUGCGACAAUACUUGAAACGAGUGCCUGGGGAUGGGGCGGGCCCCAGUGUGAAGUGUGUGCCAGCGGAAGCUGCACUGGUAUGGAGGACAGAUGGCAUCAGACAGAGCGACAUCCGGUGGCUGGACGUUUCCGCCGUUCCUGCGCUUGCAUGGCCGUCGCCCUAGCUACAUGUUGACGGUCCAAAUUGAGCGGAGCGUCACAUUGAAACGCUUGACAGGAUGAGGGUACGGGCAUGAAAGCGCGUUGUCGUUGUACGCAUCCAUUUUGCAAGUCUAAGGCCUUGGGUAUGCGUGUGUCGGCCAGGCUUGACAUGUAGUCACGAAAUUCACUUGAGAUGACGCAGAGGCGGGCAGACGCCUGUUGUAAAUCUACGCGAGGAGGACUGCAUAGUUCUGCUUAGCAAGGAUUGUCGGCCAGUGUGGACCCAUGGCGGCCUAGACUAUAUUGCAUGUGCCUACAGAAUUUUGGGGACAGGCCGAAAGCUGGCAUGGCCCAGGCCCCAACCCAUGAGGCCAGGAUGAAAUGUAGCCAGGGGC